GGUUCCGCUGUUAUUUCGAUCGGACCAUUAUUAGCGACGAACCAAACGUUCAAGUUGCAGAAAUCCAAAUCACAUAUUUUAAACGUUUGCAGCUAAUAUUUGGCCAAGACAUGGGUGAACAACCAGUACGAGUCUUGGCAUGUGGAGAUGUUGAAGGGAGGCUGACCGCGCUGUUCAAUCGAGUCCAGACCAUCCAGAAGAAGGCCGGACAGUUUGAUCUGCUGCUGUGUGUUGGAGAGUUUUUUGGGACGACGCCGGAGGCCGAAGCAGAGUGGCAGCAGUACAAAUCUGGAGCCAAGAAAGCUCCCAUCCACACUUACAUCCUGGGAGCGGCGAGCCAGGAGACGGUGAAGAGUUUCCCCAGCGCUGAUGGCUGCGAGCUGGCUGACAACAUCACAUAUCUGGGUCGGCGCGGCGUGUUCACGGGCGUGUCGGGAUUACAGAUAGCCUACGUCAGCGGUCGGGAGGCCAUGCAGGAACCGGCCCCGGCUCACUGCUAUACAUCCAAAGAUCUGUCGGCCCUCGUGGCCCCGCUGACCAGCAGCUCCAAGUUCAGAGGAGUGGACAUCCUGCUGACGUCCCAGUGGCCCCGAGGAGUGUGGCACUACGGAAACAACCCGGAAGUGAACACAAAGUUCUGUGGGAGCAGCUCCGUCGCCACCCUGGCCGACAAACUGAAACCACGCUACCACUUUGCUGCACUAGAGGGCGCUCACUAUGAAAGACUCCCAUACAGGAACCAUGUCAUUCUCCAGGAAAAUGCUCAGCACGUCAGCCGCUUCAUAGCCUUAGCAACCGUCAACAACCCCGCCAAGAAGAAGUAUUUGUACGCCUUCAACAUAAUCCCCAUGAAGACCAUGGAUGCAUCAGAGCUGGUGAAGCAGCCGCAGGACGUGACUGAAAACCCCUACAGAUGCCCCACAAAAGACAAGACGGACAAACUAAAGACGGGCUUCAGCACCACCGAGGAGGAGGAGGAGCCAGGCCAACAGUUCUUCUUCGACCUGAGCAAGAAGCAGGGCGGCGGCGGCGGCGGUUUUCGGGGCCGCGGCAGGAAGAGACAUUCAGACGGAGACGGACGAGGACGAGACCAGCAGCGUGACGGAGGAGACGAGCAUCAUCAGGGACAGCCCAAACAGCCCCGCAGGCCCCCUCAGGCCUCCGGUCCCUGCUGGUUCUGUCUGGCCAGUCCUCAGGUGGAGAAGCACCUCGUCAUCAGCAUAGGAACACACUGCUACCUGGCUCUGGCUAAAGGCAGCCUGACCCCUCACCACAUGCUGAUCCUCCCCAUCGGCCACUACCAGUCCGUGGUGGAGCUGAGCUCCGAGGUGCUGCUGGAGAUGGACAAGUACAAGUCGGCCCUGAAGAGCUUCUACAAGAGCAAAGGGGAGCGCUGCGUGCUGUUUGAGAGGAAUUACAAGAGCCAACACCUGCAACUGCAGGUCGUCCCGGUGCCGCUGGACCGCUGCACCACGGAGGACAUCAAGGAGGCGUUCAUGGUCCAGGCUCAGGAGCAACAGAUGGAGCUGAUGGAGAUUCCUGAACACACCGACCUCAAACAGAUUGCUCCUCCAGGGACUCCGUACUUUUACGUGGAGUUGGACUCGGGGGAGAAACUCUACUACCGCAUCCAGAAACAUUUUCCUCUGCAGUUUGGAAGGGAGGUUCUGGCCAGCGAGGCGCUGCUGAACAUCCCGACUCGAGCUGACUGGAGGGAGUGUAAACAGAGCAGGGAGGAGGAGGAGGAGAGCUGCAAACAGCUGAGAGACAGCUUCCAGCCGUUUGACUUCGCCUGGGAAGACUAAUGCAGCCACACACACACACACACACUCUCUCUCUACAAAAUCUCCUCCCUUAAACUGUUAAAGGAAUAGUUCACUAAUUUGCUUUCUGGCGGUGGAUGGAGAAUGGCGUUAGAUGAGAAGAUGGUCACCACUCACACUAGACAUGAGAGUGGUAUCCAUCUUCUUACCUAACUCUCGGCAAACUAUGUUUUUAUGUUUUCUUUUUAAUAAUGUUUUGAAGUGAUGGAGGGAACUGAGAUUUUCACAGCAAAGUUUUAUAAGUAAGCCUCAUGAAAGCCCCUCUUGUUUAAGGUUUAUUAAAGUGUCUAAAUCUUUCAGAAUUUAGAGACUGAAAAUUCAGUUCAAAUUUUCAAAAUGUUUAGAAAGGUUUGCAAUUCCAAAACCAAAAGCGGAAAGAUGUGCUCAUAAUCCGUACCUGUGUUUUAAAAUAUCCACAGUGAGUGCUAUAUGUUGGUUUGUGAAGAUAUCUGUCUUUUAGUUAUUUCUGAUACAUGGAAAAAAAGACAAAGGAAAAUCCUUAUUCCAGUUUCACAAUAAAAGCUGAACUCCACACAGACUGAGGCUCGAAAAUACUUUUAUAAAUUGAACAUCGUAAAAACUGCUCAGCGACAUUUUCUAAAGUUUCUAUGGGGGCUCUUUUGUUUUAGCCUCAGCUCUGGGGGGGGAAUUGUUUUUAAAUGUAUUUUGUAAAUGAACUACAAUUAAAACUCUUAUUUUGGGU